AUGGUUGAAGCAAAUGUCUUUACGGGUUACAGUGUGGGAGGCGCUAAUUCUGUAGUGGUGUCUCAUCUUCAAUUUGCUGACGAUACGCUCUUGAUAGGGAAUAAAAGUUGGGCUAAUGUUCGUGCUUUGAGGGCUGGUCUCGUUUUGUUUGAAGCUAUGUCUGGAUUGAAAGUUAAUUUCCAUAAAAGCUCUCUGGUUGGGGUCAACAUUAAUGCCUCUUGGUUGUCUGAGGCGGCUUCUGUGUUGGGGUGCAAAGUGGGUAAAAUUCCGUUUCUAUACUUGGGCCUCCCGAUUAGAGGUAAUCCGCGCCGGUUAUUAUUUUGGGAGCCUAUUGUUAAUUGUAUAAAGUCUAGAUUGUCUGGUUGGCAUAGUAGGUACCUUUCCUUUGGUGGUCGCUUGAUACUUCUCAAAUCUGUCUUGACUGCGCUUCCUGUCUAUGCACUUUCCUUUUUCAAAGCUCCGUCAGAAACAGACAGGUGGAUAUGGUUGCCGGAUCAGAUUUCUGGUUAUACUGUUCGUGGUGUAUAUGACUUGUUGACAUCACAGGAACAACCUCAUGUUCAUCAAAAUAUGGAGUUAAUUUGGCAUAACCAGGUUCCUUUAAAAGUUUCUAUCCUUGCUUGGCGACUAUUGAGGGAUCGUUUACCUACAAAAUCAAAUUUGGUGGAACGUGGGAUUAUAUCUGUGGAAAAUCGGUUUUGUGUAACGGGAUGCGGGCAGGUUGAAGAUGUGAAUCAUUUAUUUUUGUCUUGUCCAAUUUUUGGUGCUUUGUGGCCUUUGGUGCGGGCUUGGCUUGGUGUCGAAGGGGUCGAUUCUCAUACUAUUUCAGAUCAUUGUGUGCAAUUUAUUGAAUAUGCAGGGUUGUAA